AUGUGCUCCACUGGAGUGCUAGUAGCUCGCACAUGCGUUGUGCUCAUGUGUUUGGUCGCCGUGGCGCGAGCGCCGGCCAAGGUCCAUGCCGCCGGCACCGGGGAUGGGCUCCUUGUUGUCCCUACCAACGCCUCCCUGGCGCACUGCCCCUCCCGCUGCGGGGCUGUCGAAAUCUCGUACCCCUUUGGGAUAGGGCCGGGCUGCUUCCGGCAAGGCUUCGAGCUCACCUGCGACAACACAACUGGUUCCCCUAGGCUCUUCCUGGCAAACAGCUCAACCCAGGUGACUUCUAUAGAUGUCGGCAGCAAUUAUGUUCAUGCUUCUCCUGUUGAGUACAACAUCACCAUGGGCUUAGGUGUGGACACCUACACUCAGUCCUGGGAGGCCCCUACUGGUGUCAUUAUUGAUGAAGAUAAUUAUUUGUACAUUGUUGGCUGUGGUGUGGACGUCUACAUGUUCGGUGAUAAUGAGACAGAUGCCAUUGGUUCUUGCAUGAGUAUUUGCACAGAUAGCAGAGAGAUCAUGGAGACGGCAAACGUGGGAACCGGUGCCUGUCAAGGGUUUGGCUGCUGCUACAUCUGGUUAUCAAUAAGUGGCCGGCAAGCCUUUACUCUGGAACUUCGCCGCCGCAAUAGUACGAUUCCACAAUUAUUAGAUGAAGAUCUCUCUCGUGUCAAGGUUAUCUUUACGAAAUACUAUAACUUCGCUAUAGGCGAUCUUAAUGCAAGUUGGGUGGAUACAACCAAUGUUAACGAUAUGGCACUUGACAUUGCAAUCACGGACCAACCAAGCUGUGCAAGUGCCCAAUCCCAAGAGAAUAAGAGAACCUAUGCUUGUAAUAAUGAAAGCAUAUGCAGCGAUCUUCCACUAUCUCGAGGAGGCUACAGUUGCUCCUACCCUGGUCAAAUUGGCAACCCCUAUAUUGAAGAUGGCUGCAUCCAAGGUUCAUGCUUCCUCUGCUUCUUUUUCACAUGA